AACAAGACAUAAAACGCAAUACAAUUACAUUAAACAUAGCAAUCAGAGGUGUUGAUGUCACGUUGACGUGUAUUACAUACUAAAUGUCUUGUCUCCCAAUAAGUGAAGAAGACGUUCUAACAGCCAUUGCACCAACAGGUAUAUGAUUCGACAGUGUGCAUUUCAUAUGUGUACACUCUUACAAUUUUAAACCAGGUAAACACCACAACUACAUUAAUCAUGGCAAUCAAAAGUGUUCCCAAAAACUAGAUGUCACGUUUGCAUAUAUAUUGUAUUCAUUAAUACGAAUUAUCUUGUCUCCAAUUAUAUUGUCUUCCAUCUCCCAAUGUCGUGGCGUUACCGUAUCAGGACGGAUGGUCAUCAUGUUCUUACUAUUAUGGGUUAGCGUCUUGCUAUUGAACUGUUUUGGCUCAGCUGUGAACCACCAACAAAAAGCGAAAGAGCUCAAUGAGAUAGUGACACGAAUUUACCGUGAUAGGAUCUUACGAGAAUUCUACACUUAUAAGGAUCUUGUAAAACAACAAGAAUUGGAAUGUGAAACAAAAGUAAACGAGACAAAAGCUACCUGUCACACCUGUAUAUCGAGGUACAGUGAUACAUCACUACAGAUUGACAAUGUCACCAAGACACCAAAAACCAGCGAUGUAAACAUAUCUACAUUUGCUAAUACCUUUCCAAACAUCAAUGGCGAUAGUCUAUCAGCAGUACGCGGUAUAACCGAACCAACCAUUGGUAGCGAAAUACCACCCAGCAGUUCAACGAAAACGAGCAAAAACAUAAACAUACCGCUCAAAAGUAGUAGUAGCGAUAGCUUACCAACCGUCAGUGAUACUGUAAUACCAACCACCAGUAGUAAUAGUAUACCAUCUACCACUAGUGAUAGUUUACCAACCACCAGUGAUACUGUAAUACCAACCACCAGUAGUAAUAGCAUACCAUCUACCACUAGUGAUAGUUUACCAACCGCCAGCGAUACUGUAGUACCAACCACCAGUAGUAAUAGCAUACCAUCUACCACUAGUGAUAGUUUACCAACCGCCAGCGAUAUCGGAACACCAACUACCAGAAAUGAUAUCUUACCAAUCAUCACUGAAACUGUAACGCUAACAACCACUGAUAAUGGCAUACCAACCACCAGUAAAAUAGCAUCACUAACCACAAGUAUUCAUAACCUACCAACAAUCCCUGAUAUUGAAACAUCAACAACAAGUAGUAAUUCCAUGACAACCAUCAGUGAUAUUGUAAACCUAACCACCAGUGAUAUAAAUGAAAACACUAGAAUUGGUAAUAACAUACCAACCACACAUGAUAUAAAAACAAUGCCGACCAAACAGGGUAGUUCGUUACGAAUUAUAAGUAAUACAACGACACCAGCCGACAGUAGCAUUAAGAUACCUCCCAAACACAAUAGUACGUUACCAACUACAGGUAAAUCAACCACCCCAGCCGACAGUAGCAUUAAGAUACCUACCAAACACAGUGGUACGUUACCGACUACAGGUAAAUCAACCACACCAGCCGACAGGAGCAUUAAGAUAACUACCAAACACAGUGGUACGAUACCAAUUACAGGUAAAUCAACCACACCAGCCGACAGUAGCAUUAAGAUACCUACCAAACACGGUAGUGCGUUACCAACUACAGGUAAAUCAACCACACCAGCCGACAGACGCAUAAAGAUGCCUACCAAACACAGUGGUACGUUACCAGCCAUAGGUAAAUCAACCACACCAGCCGACAGUAGCAUAAAGAUACCUACCAAACAGGGUAAUAUCACACCAACCAGCAGUCGUAACACAUUAACAACAAUCCGUGAUAAUAACAUGAUAACCAUCACUGGUAAUAUCACACCAACACUCACUAAUGAUAACAAACCAACCAUCAGCGUAAAUAACAGGCCGGCCAUCGGAGGAAAUGACAUUCCAACUAUAAGUGGUGAUAAUAUACCAACCACCAUUGGCGAUAACAUACCAUCAAUUAGUGGUAAUAGCCAACCGACCGUCAGGGGUGAUAAACUAACCAUCACCAGUGGUGAUAAUAUACCAACCAUCAGUAGUGAUAACAUACCAACAAUCAGUCGGGAUAACAUAACCGUUAGUGGUGAUAACAUACCAACCGUCAGUAGCGAUAGAAUAUCAACGGUCAGUAGUGAUAUUAUAACACCAAUAAUUGGUGAUAACAUACCAACCAUUAGUGGUGAUAACAAACAAACCUCCAGGGAUGAUAAAAUACCAACAACCAAUGGUGGAAACAUACUAACUACCAUUGGUGAUAACAUACCAAGCAGCAGUGGAGAUAGCAUACCAACAACCAGAGGUGAUACCAUACUAACUACCAUUGGUGAUAACAUACUAACUACCAUUGGUGAUAACAUACCAAGCAUCAGUGGAGAUAGCAUACCAACAACCAGAGGUGAUACCAUACCAACAACCAAUGGUGAAAACAUACUAACUACCAUUGGUGAUAACAAACCAAGCAUCAGUGGAGAUGACAUACCAACAACCAGAGGUGAUACCAUACUAACUACCAUUGGUGAUAACAUACCAAGCAUCAGUGGAGAUAGCAUACCAACAACCAGAGGUGAUACCAUACUAACUACCAUUGGUGAUAACAUACCAAGCAGAAGUGGAGAUAGCAUACCAACAACCAGAGGUGAUACCAUACCAACAACCAGUGGUGAAAACAUACUAGCUACCAUUGGUGAUAACAUACCAAGCAUCAGUGGAGAUAGCAUACCAACAACCAGAGGUGAUACCAUAUCAACAACCAAUGGUGAAAACAUACUAACUACCAUUGGUGAUAACAAACCAAGCAUCAAUGGAGAUGACAUACCAACAACCAGAGGUGAUACCAUAUUAACUACCAUUGGUGAUAACAUACCAAGCAUCAGUGGAGAUAACAUACCAACAACCAGAGGUGUUAACAUACCAACAACCAAUGGUGGAAACAUACUAACUACCAUUGGUGAUAACAAACCAAGCAUCAGUGGAGAUGACAUACCACCAACCAGUCGUGAUAACAUACCAACUACCUUUGGUGGUACCAUACAAACCAUCGGAGGGGAUAGCAUACCAACCGUCAGUGGCAUUGACAUAUCAACCAUCAGUGGUAAUGGCAUACCAACUAUCAGUGCAAAUAACAUACCAACCAUCAAUGAUACAAAAAUACCACCCAUAAGCGGUGAUAACAAGCCAACAGGUAGUGAAAAUAAGAUACAAACCGUCAGUGGUGAUAACAUACCAACAAUCAGUGGUAAUAUCAUACCGACCAUCAGUGGUAAUAGCCUACCGACCAUCAGUGGUAAUAUCAUACCGACCAUCAGUGGUAAUAGCCUACCGACCAUCAGUGGUAAUAACAAACACACCAUUAGUGAUAAUAACAUACCGACCUACAGUGAUAAUAACAUACACACCUACAGUGAUAAUAACAUACCAACAGUCAAGGAUAUUAAAAUGUCUAAAAUCCCUAGUAAUAACGUUAAAACAAUCAGUGCUCAUAACAUUCCAAAAAUGAGGGAAAACACGCUUCAAAGAAUUAUUAACAGGCCAAUCAUGAGUAGUAACAACAGACCAGUUCACAAUAUCAAUAUUAUAUUACCUUUUAGCCGUAAUAACCUUUCAGAUAGACAAACCAACGAUAAGAACAAUGUACCGAUUUCUCCUGGUAGUCGGGAACUAGCCAUGAGUGGAAAUGAACUGGCAGAAGAGAAUAUAGUCAAGAUAGAAAGCAGCAGUUUAAUCAAGGUAUCAACUGUUGUUAAUCUUAUUGAAAAUACAGCAAAGAACAGUGGCCUAGUAAUUCUAAAUACCAGUGGUUUUAACCGAAAAGAUAUUAAUGAUACUACACAACUAAUUAACACGGUUACUGAACAUACAAAUACCAGUGGUUUUAACCGAAAAGAUAUUAAUGAUACUACACAACUAAUUAACACGGUUACUGAACAUACAAAUACCAGUGGUUUUAACCGAAAAGAUAUUAAUGAUACUACACAACUAAUUAACACGGUUACUGAACAUACAAAUACCAGUGGUUUUAACCGAAAAGAUAUUAAUGAUACUACACAACUAAUUAACACGGUUACUGAACAUACAAAUACCAGUGGUUUUAACCGAAAAGAUAUUAAUGAUACUACACAACUAAUUAACACGGUUACUGAACAUACAAAUACCAGUGGUUUUAACCGAAAAGAUAUUAAUGAUACUACACAACUAAUUAACACGGUUACUGAACAUACAAAUACCAGUGAUGUUAACAUAACAACUAGUGAGGAAAUUGACCAAUUGCUUACAGAGAUAGAAUCUCAAAGUCUGCUGGGUACUGGUAUUUCUCUUACAAAUGUAGUGCAGUCGCCGCUUACAAAACUGGUUGGGAAAACCGUUCCAAAUAUUGUUAGUAAAAUCGUUCCAACCCGUGAUGUUAACAUAACAACUAGUGACGAAAUUGACAAAUUGCUUACAGAGAUAGAAUCUCAAAAUCUGCUGGGUACUGGUAUUGCUCUUACAAAUGUAGUGCAGUCGCCGCUUACAGAACUGGUUGGGAAAACCGUUCCAAAGAUUGUUAGUAAAGUCGUUCCAAACAUUGUUAGUAAAGUCGUUCCAAAUAUUUUUAGUAAAAUAGAUAGUAACAUUGAACCGUUGUUCAAAGAGACGCUUCCAAAGGUUGGAAAGGCGAUUGGGAAAAAUGUGGAAACCUUCUUUAGCAGUACACUUCCAAAGGUCCGUGUUGGAGAACCUCUUGAAAAAGUAGUUACUAAAACACUCCCUGAGGCUUCAAAAGGAUUCGGAAAACAUCUUGAUACGUUCGUUUCCAAGUUACUCCCAGAUACUGCAAAGUUAAUCGGCAGCAAUGUUAAAUCUUUCCUUGAUACGAAGACUUUCCGUUUACCUAAGAAUGUUGGAAGUUAUCUUGAAACAUUUUUCACUGAGACUAUCCCUAAGGCUGGUAGAAGUGUUGGAGGCCAUUUGGAGACAUUUAUCACGAAGACGAUUCCAGGUGUGUUUGGCCGCAGACGAAGACGACAGAUUUCGCAGUGUAUAUCAUGUGACGAAAUCAACAACAUGACUGUCACGGAACGCAAACAUGCUGUGUGUGGAGUUGAUCCGGCCAAACAGUUUGAAAAGAUGGUAAAACUAGGCAAUCAGAUCUUUCUAAAUAGAAAACCCAUCAUAACAGAAGUGACGUACAAUAGAGCGGACGUGACACGCUUAAUUAGGAAAGGGGUUGUCACAGUACCGUCCUUUAUGGUAACAUACAACGUUGGAGGUUUCACCAAAACGCAACAGAUAAAUAGGACUCUGGACCUGCUGAGUUCCAACCAGGAUAUAGGAGAAGACCUUGCCACGGAAAUAUGGAAUUUAUUCUUCACCACAAACAUGCCUAUCUGAUUGUCAUUGGAUUAGGAUUUAGGAGAGGAACUGGCUAAAGAAACAUGGACAUUUUUUUGCCACAAAAACGUCUAUGUGAUUUUCAUUCGAUACAAGCAAAUUAAACUUAGUCAUGUCAAUAAAAUUUAUAUUCUGCCUUUUCAGACCAUAUAUGGUAUGAUGGUUAAGCAAAAUUAAAUUUAGUUGAUAUCCAACUGCUUACUUAUCUUAUAUAAUGACGUGAAUGCAAUGUUCGAUUAUCUGAUUAUUUUCAUAUUAUUACAUAAUUUAAUGCAUAUUAGAUAUUUAACAUUAUCUGAGCGUUAAAUAAUUAGUGUAUAGCCGGGUAUAGUAUUAGUAUUAGGGGUAACAUACAUUUAAUUGACAACAUUUCUACUGAAAGGAACACAGACACAUUCUUAAGCACAUCAUUGUAUUUAGAUAAGGGGAUACGAGAGUUCGGUACGGGAGGAGUACCACAGAGGAAUGAAUAUCGGAAAUCUAAUUUCCUUUUACUUUAUAUCUCCUUCAUUUUUAACGUUAUUUCUAGUGUAAACAUAUGUUUACAUAAUGUUGGUGGCUUUACAUAAAUACUCGAUGACUUCUCAAGAGAAGUCAUUUAACUUUCUACGUAGUGUAAUUUAACAACAUCUUCCAUUUUAUUGUCAAGGUGUCUCGUCAACAACUGACAAUAUUUAAGUUUCGAACGAAUUUUCGUAAGAUCAGAUUUUAAAUACAUACUAAAGCAGGAUUUAGAUUUGUAAAGCUUUUAAGUGAUAACCUAAUGUACAAGCACCUUUAUGAUGCUGGAGGAUUAUUGAUUGAGAUACUUCUGUUAGUAGAUAAAGGCGUAAGAAAUUGAGGACAUGUAAAAUGUUUAAGCUGGGGUAUGAAACCGAAAGUUAUUCUAACUUAAGUCUAAUAUCAUAUCACAGAAAGCAAAGCUUUUGUUCUGAGAGAGCCCAUUAAAGUUGGAUAUAGGAGAAUACGAGAUGAUAAAUGUUGAAGACAGAAAGUGCAAUUAUGUGUUACCGCCAAUUCGUGGAGGACGAAACACAUGCUUAUUAAUUUAUCGACAAUAUCAGGAUAUCCAAGAUGAGUUAAGUAAAUCUAUACUCAGUUUCUAUUCAGAUGUUUAUGAUUUUUUAUAUCUGUAAAUUGUGUGUGUGUAUGUGUGGUUUGGUAGUCCAGUUAUAUUACCAUAAGGGAAAUGUUGUCAAAAUAUUCUAACACAUAUUAUUACAAACUUUAAACAUGUGAGAAAGUUUACUAUAUGAUGUUUAGUAAAUAUAUACUGAUUAAUAUGAUAGAUACCAAUCAUGUACUGACAAAAUAUGAUAAUUACAAAAUAUGUACUGAGAAAUAUUAUAUAUUAUUAUAUAAAUAUGAUGAUUAUCAAGUGUUCACUGAAGAAUAUGAUGAUUUUCAGGCAUGUACUGAAAAAUAUGAUGAUUAUCAGGCAUGUACUGAGAAAUAUGAUAUUAUCAGGCAUGUACUGAGAAAUAUGAUGAUUAUCAGGCAUGUACUGAAAAAUAUGAUAUGAUAAGGUGUGUACUGAAAAAACAAUAAUGAUAAUUACCAAGUGCGUACUGUAUAUGAUAAUCACCAAGGAUGUACUGUCAAUAUGAUAAUUACCGAGUAUGUAUUGUAAAUAAUAAUCUCUAAUUAUAACAUGUAUACAAUAAAAACCAAGAAAGUA